AACUGUCAACUUUCUGCAUCUGGGAAAAAAAAUCUGUAAAAGAAAAGUUUUCAUUUCUGUGAAAAAAAAAUAAAAAUAAAAAUACUCGCACGUAGCAUAUCUACCCCCCAAUAAAAAUAAAUUUAACAAAAAUAUUAUGACCAAAUAAUCAAAUUGAUGUAAUAAAAUUAUUCAAUAAUGGAUUCGAAGCAAUUAAAAAGAUUCUUUGUAAUUUCUGUGAUUUUCUUUGUAUUUGCAUUGGGAUAUGCAUCAUCGGCCCAGGCUGAAGUUGCCACACAAAAUGCAUCAACUCCAGAACCUCCAAAUGAGCCAAAACAAAAAUGUGUUUGCGAUGGUGCCCUUUUGCCUACAUUGGGAGAAAAUGGCAAAGAAAUCGAGAUCUGCCCCCAUUGCAAGUGUAAAUACGAAAAUCGUAAUACGACGUUGAUAAAAGUUGUUGUGAUAAUAGUCAUAUGGAUCAUAUCAAUUCUCGUGAUCUAUAUGUUGUUCUUGAUGUGUCUGGAUCCAUUGUUGAAUAAACGUGUGAAAGCAAACUACCAGGAGCACACCAAUGAAGAUGACGACACAACAUCUGUUUCGCCACAAACGCUUCCCAACAAUGCUGCACAGGAGCUAAAUGCUCGAGCCAAUGUACUAAAUCGUGUGGGUCAUCAGCAGGAUAAAUGGAAAAAACAAGUACGUGAACAGAGGCGUCACAUCUACGACAGACGCACUAUGCUUAAUUGAGAAUAAUAAGAAUCUUCUUCGGUUAGUCCGUUUAGAAUUGAGUUAAUUUUUAUGAUUGUAAUAAUUCUAGAUAAAAAAAUUAUGUUCUUUUUUCUUUUUAGCCAAAAGAAAAAUUGUUUUUGGUAAAUGGUUUUGUUUUUUUUUCAGUUCAUAUAUCAAUAAAAGACAAAAAUCUUAUUUGUAUUUAUAUAAACAUAAA